AUGGGUCAAACUUUUCGUAAGCUUUUCGAUACUUUCUUCGGCAACCAAGAGAUGAGGGUCGUUAUGCUUGGGUUGGAUGCGGCUGGUAAAACAACAAUACUUUACAAGCUGCACAUAGGAGAAGUUCUGUCAACUGUUCCCACUAUCGGUUUCAAUGUUGAGAAAGUUCAGUACAAGAAUGUGAUGUUCACAGUUUGGGAUGUUGGUGGCCAAGAAAAGUUGAGGCCCUUGUGGAGGCAUUACUUCAAUAAUACCGAUGGACUAAUAUACGUGGUAGACUCCUUGGACAGAGAGAGAAUUGGCAAAGCGAAGCAAGAGUUUCAGGACAUCAUAAAAGACCCAUUCAUGCUCAACAGUAUCAUUCUAGUGUUUGCAAACAAACAAGACAUGAGAGGAGCCAUGUCUCCUCGAGAGGUAUGUGAAGGGCUUGGCUUAUUAGAUCUCAAGAACAGGAAAUGGCAUAUACAANGCACAUGUGCUCUUCAAGGAGAUGGGCUCUAUGAAGGCUUAGACUGGUUAUCGUCCACGCUCAAAGAGGUUAAAGCCGCUGGUUACUCAUCUGUUGGUCCCUCGUUUUAA